AUGAGAUACGCUCAAUUGGUUGUUGGGCCAGCUGGAAGUGGAAAGUCGACAUACUGCUCACUAAUUCAGCAGCAUUGUCAAAGCGUGCGAAGGCCUAUUUUUAUUGUGAAUCUGGACCCAGCUGCUGAAAAUUUUUCUUAUACAGCAGUUAUAGAUGUUCGUGACUUAAUAAGCGUCGAUGAUGUACAGGAAGAUAAAGAAUUAAUUCUUGGUCCAAAUGGUGCACUUAUCUUUUGUAUGGAAUAUUUGUUGCAGAAUAUGGAUUGGCUUCAUGAACAAAUGGAUGAAGUUGAUGAUGAUUAUUAUUUAUUUGAUUGUCCAGGGCAAAUUGAAUUGUAUAGUCAUUUACCGGUUAUGCGUUCAAUUGCUGAUGUGUUGAAAUCAUGGGAUUUUAAUAUUUGCACAGUUUUUUUGCUGGAUACUCAUUUUGUUUUAAAUUCAAAUAAAUUUUUAAGUGGAGCGUUGACAACUCUUUCAACUAUGGUUGCUCUUGAAACUCCAUCUAUUAACGUGCUAUCAAAAAUUGAUCUACUUUCCGAACAUGAUAAAACACUUUUGGAUACGUUUUUAGAAACUGAUCCACAUUCUAUUCUUGACAUGGAUGGAGAAACUCCGUGGAAUAAACGUUAUCGUAGCUUAACUCAGUCAAUUGCUUCAGUGCUAGAGGAUUAUAGCUUGGUGAAGUUUGUGCCAUUGAAUAUAGAUGAUGAAGAAUCUAUCAGUGAUCUUCUAUUUUUAAUCGAUAAUGCUGUUCAGUAUGGAGAAAAUUUAGAAGUUAGAGAUCGAUAUCCAGAGGAAAUAGACGAUUGA